GAACGACAGUAAAAUGACAGCCAGUCUGACCAUGUUCAACAUCGACGCUCCUCGCUGGGACCAGAACACCUUCAUGGGGCGCCUGAAGCACUUUUUCAACAUCACAGAUCCAAGGACACUGGCGGUAUCCGAGCAUGAGCUGGACAGAGCAAAGGCAUUGGUGGACAGCUGCAGGGCAGGCACGGUGCCCCCGGGAACCAACCAGGAGCAGCUGUUCUACGCCAAGAAGCUUUACGACUCUGCUUUCCAUCCUGACUCAGGGGAGAAGAUGAAUUUGAUAGGGAGGAUGUCAUUUCAAGUUCCUGGAGGGAUGGCUAUCACUGGCUUCAUGCUUCAGUUUUACAGGACAGUCCCAGCUGUUGUUUUCUGGCAGUGGGUGAAUCAGUCCUUCAAUGCCAUUGUGAACUACACCAACCGGAACGCUGCUAGCCCUAUCUCUGUCAAGAAAAUUGGAGUGGCUUAUGUCACUGCUACCAGCACCGCCUUGGCAACCGCCGUGGGACUCAACCUUUACACCAAGAGAGCCCCGACUCUUGUGGCACGCUGGGUACCCUUUGCAGCGGUGGCGGCUGCCAACUGUGUGAAUAUCCCUUUGAUGAGGCAGCAGGAACUCCUUAAUGGGAUCACAGUGACUGAUGAGAACGACAAUCAUCUGGGUGAGUCCAGGAGAGCUGCAAUCAAGGGGAUAACUCAGGUGGUGAUUUCCCGCAUCACUAUGGCUGCUCCUGGCAUGAUUUUGUUGCCUAUCAUCAUGGAAAAACUAGAAAAGUACCCCUUCAUGAAAAAAAUCCAGGUCCUUCAUGCUCCGUUGCAAACAAUUCUUGUUGGAGGAUUCCUUGUGUUCAUGGUCCCAUUUGCCUGUGCGCUCUUUCCGCAAAGGAGCUCAAUUGCCGUUUCACACCUGGAGCCUGAUCUCAGGGAGUCUAUUGUGGCCAAACACGGGGACAAAGUGCCAUAUGUCUAUUUUAACAAAGGCUUAUGAGUAGAGAUUCUGUCUCAUGAAUGCGCUGGAUCUGCUGACCAUUUCACCCCAAAAUUUUUACCUGAUGCCAUAUGGUCUACGGAUGAGCUCAAGAUACUUCAGAAA